AUGGCUGCUUGUAAGGCACAACAGAGUUACGGUUCUGAGAAUCGCCGGAUGUCACAGCAUCUGUCAGUUCCCCAUCGAUUGGCAAUACGCAAGCAGUGGACCGUGCAAAGGCAUCGGGAUAAGGGCUCCAGAAUACCGGCUCCAAAAAAGUAUAUAACUGAAGCCGAGCUCGCAACCAUUACAGACCUUGCGUACUAUCAUUACCCCGACUGCUUUCUAUUGCCUUCCGCACAUUUCUUCUUCUCCUUGACGAAUCAGCUACACUCUCGACCUACCGCUUACAUCAUGACUGUGCCGCCCAAGAAAAUCCCCGAUAGCGUCUUGAUCUUUGGUGCUGCUGGACACAUUGGUUGGCCUCUUGCGGAGUAUCUGCAUCGCAAAGCUAGUUCGAUCAAGCUUCGUCUGGCUACCAGCAGUCCGCACAAGCGCGAACAUCUCCAGAAAGCCUUUCCUCACGCGGCUAUCAUUGACGCCAACUACAAUGAUGUUCAAUCACUCAAGCUUGCCGCUCGCGACGUUGAAGCCAUUUUUGUCAUCACUCCAGGCGGCAUGAAUGAAAGGUUUGCUAUGACAAAUCUAGUGACAGCACUAAGGGAAGAAAACAGGCUUAUCCAGAUCAUUCGUAUGGUUGGAAUAUUCCCUGAAUUGUCCCCGCAACGAGUCCCCAAGACUCUUGGCCCAGGCAGCCUUCCCUACGAGCACCCCAUUGCGAAGCAAAUCUUGGACGAGAGCGGGCUACCAGUUACCUAUAUCAAUUGUGGAGCUAGCUUUAUUGAUAACCUCUGGUUACAAAUUGCACCAGUGCUGGCCAAGAGAACCCUCAUUUGGCCGGAACAUCGCGUCCCUUUCAUCGAUCCUGUGGACAUCGCUGAGGUAGCAGGGAGACUGCUGCUAUCAGAUAACGGAAAGCAUAUUGGCGCAUUCCAUACAAUGAACAAUGGCCAUGACUGGCUUCAAUUUCGGGAGGUCGCUGGGAUCCUAAGUGAUGUUCUAGGACAGGAUAUUGCAUACAACGGAAGCUUCGAGGCUUUCUCUGACUUUUACCGCCCAAAGAUGGGGGAAUUGGUAGACAAGCUUUGGGCAUUCUUCAAGUUUGAGGAAGCAAACGAGGAGAUUUGGGCCCUGAACAACUUUGUUGAGCGAACGAUCGGGAGGAAGCCAACAACUUUCAAAGAUUGGGUGGUGAGGCAUAAAGAUGAGCUCCUUAGAGGAAGUAAAUCACUUCCAUAUGCCGAGCGGGUGAUAUAG